AUCCGACACGAGUGUGUAGGUUGGUUGUUGUCAGAUUGUGCACUGAAGAAUUGGCAGCAGCCCAUACAAUGUAGUUCUUUACUAGGCCAAGUGGAAUAAGCAGUUUAGGACGGCUCAUAGAAAUUUAUAUGGUUUUUCAGCCAGAAAAAAAAAAUAGCAAUGACCAACGCAUUUUGUUAAAGUAAUUAGUUUGGGAAAACUUCACUAUCAUCACAAAAGAAAGUAGCUGACUAGCUAGCGAGUGUGCUAAAGCAAAGUAUUUGCACACAAACUUUAUUUUUUUUUACGGCUAAUCGGACGAAAACCUCUGCUGGAGCAUCAGCUCUAUGUAAACGCUGGAGUUUGCGAGAUUCGUGAACUUUUUAAAGACUUUUUAAAGCACAGAGAGACUGUGGGAAUGUCGUGUCGGAGUGGAGUGGCCCGGGUGGGUAAUCAGGGACUGCAGCCCCUCCGAGCCACGGUCCCGUUUCAGCUCCAGAACCGACCAGCAGCGCGCUGCAAAGACACCAGGCCAGCCGAGUACAAGACGAAGGGUCGCCCGCCGAAGCCAACCUUGCGACGGACAUUGUCUCUGGACACUUUGGUGGGACCGUACCUUCAGGGUAACUGGCCUAGAGACCCAGAGUGUCAGCCUGUUACCUGUGUCAAUGACAAGGCCACACAGACUCCCAGUUCCUGGAUAGAGGAGACGCGGGGGCGGAGAGGGGUUGGCGGUCACAAGCGUUCGGCAUCAUGGGGUAGUGCUGAACACCUCAGAGAGGUUGCUAAACUUCGGCAGUCCUUACAGAAACGCUCCAGACAUGCACCUACUGCCAUGGACUGUGACCAGACACACCAACACACACACAACAGCCAAACACACUCGCCUGGAAGUACACAGACGAUGCCUCUGAUUCCACUGAGCCGAUUGGCCCCCAGACUGAGACGCAGUGUUGAAGGACUGAACCUGGAGCUGGAGGGAGUCUUUGUGUCUGAAACAGCAAAGGAACAGCACAAAAUUCUGGAUGUACCAGAUGGUCACAGAGCCCCCGUCCCAGCUCAAAGGUACAGCAGCGCUUCACAGAGCGACCCUUCUCCUGCCCAGCUGUCCCCCUCACACUCUCCCUGCACCAUCACAGACACCGAUAUGGUUGUGUGUGGGCCGCUCUGUCCGCCUUCCUCCCCUCCUCUAUGUAUUUCUGAGCCACCAUCAUCUUCUCCUCGUCCAAACAAGACGUACGUCUUUCAGAGAGAACCUCCAGAGGGCUGCGAGAGAGUACGUGUGUCUGAGGAGGCCAUCCUUCCCUGUGAUGGAAAUGCUCCUCUUCAGCCUUCCUGUCCUGACCCUAACAAGGUGAAUUUCACACCUCACGGUGGCUCCGCCUUCUGUCCUGUCAGUCUCCUCAAGCCCCUCCUCCCUUCAAUGGACCUGUUAUUUCGUGGCCUGUCUGUUUCACCCGUCACUGGCUGUUCGGCUCAAAGUGCUGCCCCCUGUCAGACACCGGGACAUGCUGUGGGCGGUUAUUUGAGCGGCACCCUCGCAGACCCUACCACCACCUCUCUGUGAAUGGAGGAAAUUCAUGACGAGGAAAGAAAAACUUAAGAAUGUUAUGCCUUUGUCCCGCAUAACAUUCAUGAGGGAAGAACAAAAUGGAGAACUUUUCUUCAUCUAAAACUAUGGUGGACUCUCUCUGAUUUCAUUUGUCUGUGACCUUUUGACCUCAGGACACUCCACUUGGCACUUGUGAUCAUUUCGUUUCACAUUAUAGCAUUUAACUAUUGCUAUAUUUUUUCUAAUUUCUAUAAAAUAAUACUGAUGACUAUUCAUCAUCUGUGUAAGAAUAUAUUUUUAGCUCUGUCAGAACAUUCACUAUCAUAUUUUGUCUAUCAGACAGAUUAUAAAACAUAUGUGCUAUAAGCCUGACCCACUGCAUGAUGGUUUUACAGAGCUGUGGAUCAAUCAGAAACAUGUUUCUUAAUUCAGUAUUUACAGACACAGGUCUAUACUGCAUGCAUUAAAAGAGGCAGUAAUAGACCAAAGCGUCUCUCAUCAGCUGUUCGUUAUAGUGGCAUUUCAUUUUGACGGCUGACCAAGGUGUUUUGAAUGCUGGGUUUGUUUUGAAUACUCUCAGCAUGUCUGUUUAGUAGUUCAGAGUAUAUACAUCAUUAAGCAGUAGGUGUUUAAUGAAUGUCACCAAAUGCUCAGUGAAGAGCUAUUAUUCAUAAAGUAAUCUUUCAGAGCUUGUCAAAAAAUGUCCCUUUCAUAUUUCACCACCAGUCAAAUGAAAAAAAAAGAAAGAAUACAUUUGUAUUAAGAUUUUAUUUUUCACUGUGUCAUAAUUGUAGGACGAGUAAGCGUGUAUUGUUACUGUAUUAAAGUUAAAAAGUAAAGAAUAUGUAUAUGUAUGUAUAAAAUAGGUACUAAGAUAGAUUUGAUUAUUUUUCUAUUUUAUCUUUUGAGUUUGGAUUGAAAUAUGAUGGGGAUAUUUUCUUAAUAGAUUUUAUGUGAGAUUCACCGGUCCAGAAAAGCUGUUUACAGUUGUAAUUUAAUAAGGGAAAGGCAGAGGCCAUUAUUGCUUGUUUAUUCUGAGGUCUUCAUGUAUUGUGGGCCGCUGACACUUAAAUUUGGUGUAAGACAAGAAUACAGACGGGACCCCAUUAAGGGUUUAUUUCGCUACGCACUUGAUAAGUGUGCUGUGCUGAAUUUCACUUCAGACUUGACUACUGAUCUUACCCGCAGUGGUCAUAUUGUUCAGUUCAUUUGAGCACCAAGCUGUUAAACAAACACUCUACAUAAGACACAAGCAAGUUUGCUGCAUUCAGGUACAAUAUGUGCAAAUCAUACAGAAUGAGACUUCCAGCAAAUUAUUGUUUGCUGACAUUUAAAGCACUGUUAUUAUCCCAUAUGUUUGCAUGGAUUGUGUCUCGGUCUUGGAACCAUCCAUUAAGUUUUUUUUUAAGUUCUCACUUGUUCUGUAAGGGUGCUGUUUUAUUGACAUUGUUCUCAGAUUGAUUGUCUUGAGUACAGUUAUUGUACACCAAACCUGUUUUGUCCUAUAUAUUGUAAAUUUAUGUUACUCAAUUUUGGCUGCCAUAAAUAAGAGGCGCAGAGAA